AUGGACGUCUCUCUUUCCAAAUUAUGGGAAGAAUGGUGCAAUCGUGAUACUAUCAUGGCUAAACUCAAAGACAUCAAAGAGUUGCAUGGUAUCCGAAUACUCAAACAGGAACCAUUAGAGACGUUACUCGCUUUCAUCUGCUCAUCUAAUAACAAUAUUUCAAGGAUUUCAAGUAUGGUAAAUAAACUAGCAAAAUUAUAUGGUGAUUCGAUUGUAAUUGAUUCCUCGAUGCAGAAUGAUCAUGAUGUGCUUGAUCGGUUCCCUGAGUUGGGCUAUGCUUUCCCAUCAUUGUCUCAGCUGAGUGCCGUUCAGGAUCAGCUGGGUACUGUGCUACGUGAACAAUUAUUCGGAUAUAGAGCCAAUUAUGUGAGCGAAACUGUUCGGCAACUAAGCAAAAUGCCUUCGAAUAUUCUUGUGGAUGUUCAAGCUCUUCCGUGUGAUGAAAUCCGAAAGUUUCUGCUAGGAUUUUCAGGCGUUGGUCCCAAGGUUGCAGAAUGUGUGGCGCUAAUGUCUCUUGGACAGAAUCAAUGUGUCCCCAUAGAUCGUCAUGUUUUUGAGAUUACAAAAAAGUACUUUUUGCCCGAACUUAAGGAUUCCGGCUUGACUGACGCGUUAAACCGUCGCCUUGUGGAAUUCUAUGAAGAAAAAUUUGGACCUUAUGCUGGUUGGGCUCAAGCUGUAUUGUUUAACCAACAAUUGGAGAAAUUUGUGCACAGCUCACCUGUGAAAAAACCUAUACGUCAACUUGGAAGCGAGAUGAAAGCAAAAACUAACAAAGGAAAGAAAAUACUCAAGAAAACUCGCAGAAAAGGAAAGGCUAGCUCAUGA